CGCUAUUUUCGGCUUCGAACCGAUAUGGAUAAAGGUACCCCACAGAGCAGACGAUGCGCCACUCGCCGCUUUCGGUCUCUUGUACAACGUUCGUCCCUAAGAGAUCGUCGCCGAUCUAUUGAGCCAUCCAACUCUGAACGAAAGAAACGCUAAUAACAAUCCUUCAAAAUGUGCGACGAUGAUGUUGCGGCGCUCGUCGUGGACAAUGGUUCAGGUAUGUGCAAAGCGGGAUUCGCAGGAGAUGAUGCACCACGAGCUGUCUUUCCUAGUAUUGUUGGUAGACCACGUCAUCAGGGUGUGAUGGUCGGUAUGGGUCAAAAAGACAGCUACGUUGGCGACGAAGCGCAAAGCAAAAGGGGUAUCCUUACUCUAAAGUAUCCUAUAGAGCACGGUAUCAUCACCAAUUGGGAUGACAUGGAAAAAAUCUGGCAUCACACCUUCUACAACGAACUUCGCGUCGCUCCAGAGGAACAUCCCGUUCUCCUUACCGAAGCUCCGCUCAAUCCUAAGGCUAAUCGCGAAAAAAUGACACAAAUUAUGUUCGAAACCUUCAAUAGCCCAGCCAUGUACGUUGCCAUUCAGGCAGUUCUUUCCCUGUACGCCUCCGGUCGUACCACGGGUAUCGUAUUGGACUCUGGCGAUGGUGUAUCUCAUACCGUCCCUAUCUACGAAGGUUAUGCUCUUCCUCAUGCCAUCUUACGUUUGGACUUGGCCGGUCGUGAUCUAACCGACUAUCUCAUGAAGAUCCUAACCGAAAGGGGAUACUCAUUUACAACCACGGCCGAGCGAGAAAUCGUUCGUGACAUCAAGGAGAAGCUUUGCUAUGUUGCAUUGGACUUUGAACAAGAAAUGGCGACCGCAGCUGCCAGUACUUCUCUUGAAAAGAGCUAUGAACUGCCCGACGGACAGGUCAUUACUAUCGGCAACGAGAGGUUCCGUUGCCCAGAAGCACUUUUCCAACCUUCCUUUUUGGGUAUGGAAUCCUGCGGUAUUCACGAAACUGUCUACAACUCCAUAAUGAAGUGCGACGUCGACAUUCGUAAGGAUCUCUACGCCAAUACUGUACUAUCCGGUGGUACCACCAUGUAUCCUGGUAUCGCCGAUCGUAUGCAGAAGGAAAUCACUGCCCUCGCACCCUCGACUAUCAAGAUCAAGAUCAUAGCACCUCCCGAAAGGAAAUACUCCGUAUGGAUCGGUGGUUCCAUCCUUGCUUCCUUAUCCACCUUCCAACAGAUGUGGAUCUCGAAGCAGGAGUACGACGAGUCUGGCCCUGGCAUCGUUCACCGCAAAUGCUUCUAAAGAAAAUAAUUCUAUCAUUAAUCCGUAUCUUCGAAAUCCAUUUUCAUAUUUUUUCUUAUUAUCCUUUCCUUUCUUUUCUCUUCUUUUCGUUUCUUUUUCUUUCUUUUUUCUUUUUCCUCCUUUUUUUGUUAAUUAUGACACAUCUUUUCCCAUAAAUGUUCGCUGUAUUCGCAAUUUGGACAAACCGAAUGUCCAGGGAGAAAACGAAAUGAUGAAGAAAAGAA